AUGGCGUCUGCUCACUGGUCCUGCCUCAUCUUGGCCCUGCUCUCCGGCCUCUCACAGCAGCUUGAGAAGGUUCAUGACAUUGAGGUCUACAGUACCAAGAUCAGCUGCAAGGUGACCUCCCGCUUCGCUCACAAUGUCGUCACCACGAAGGCCGUCAACCAGGCAAAUGCUUCCAAGGAAGUUUCCUUCGACGUGGAGCUACCCAAGACAGCUUUCAUCACUAACUUCACCCUGACCAUUGAUGGUGUUACCUACCCUGGGAAUGUCAAGGAGAAGGAAGUCGCUAAGAAGCAGUAUGAAAAGGCUGUGUCCCAGGGCAAGACAGCUGGUUUGGUCAAGGCCUCUGGGCGGAAGCUGGAGAAAUUCACGGUGUCAGUCAAUGUGGCUGCAGGCAGCAAAGUGACGUUUGAGCUAACCUACGAGGAGCUGCUGAAGAGGCACAAGGGCAAGUAUGAGAUGUAUCUUAAGGUGCAGCCCAAACAACUGGUCAAGGACUUUGAGAUAGAGGCAGACAUCUUCGAGCCCCAGGGCAUUAGCAUGCUGAAUGCUGAGGCCUCGUUCAUCACCAAUGAUGUCCUGGGCAGUGCCCUCACCAAGUCCUUCUCAGGGAAAAAGGGUCAUGUGUCCUUCAAGCCCAACUUGGAUCAACAGCGUUCAUGCCCAGUCUGUACAGACUCCCUCCUUGACGGAGAUUUCAUCAUCACCUACGAUGUGAACAGAGUGUCUCCAGCUAACGUGCAGGUAGUCAAUGGCUACUUUGUGCACUUCUUUGCACCUGAAGGCCUGCCCAUGGUGCCUAAGAACGUGGUCUUCGUGAUUGACGUCAGUGGCUCCAUGAGUGGCCGGAAACUGCAGCAGACGAAGGAUGCCCUCCUCAAAAUACUGGAGGAUAUAAAGGAGACCGACUACCUGAAUUUCAUCCUGUUCAGUGGAGGUGUGACCACUUGGAAAGAUAAUUUGGUCCAAGCCACUCCUGAGAACAUCGAGGAGGCCAGGACGUUUGUGAGGGGCAUUGAAGCUGCCGGAAUGACCAACAUCAACGACGGGCUGCUGAGAGGCAUCAGCAUGCUGAACAAGGCCCGGGAGGAGAACACAGUCCCGGAGAGGAGCACCUCCAUUGUCAUCAUGCUGACCGACGGGGACGCCAACACCGGUGAAAGCAAUCCCUCAAAAAUUCAGGAGAAUGUGCGGAAUGCCAUUAACGGCAAGUUCCCCUUAUAUAACCUGGGCUUUGGCAAGUAUCUGAACCAUAACUUCCUGGAAAGCAUGGCCCUGGAGAACAACGGCUUUGCCCGGCGCAUUUAUGAGGAUUCCGAUGCCAACUUGCAGUUGCAGGGCUUCUACGAGGAGGUGGCUUACCCGCUGCUGACGGAUGUGGAGGUGGAGUACCCUCAGAACGCUAUCCUGGACCUCACCAAGAACACUUACCAGCACUUCUAUGACGGCUCUGAGAUCGUGGUGGCUGGGCGCCUGGUGGACGAGGACAUGAACAACUUUAAGGCGGAUGUGAAGGGCCACGGGGCUAUCAAUGACCUGACCUUCACAGAGGAGGUGGACAUGAAGGAGAUGGAGAAGGCCCUGCAGGAGCAGGACUACAUUUUUGGGAACUACAUCGAGCGGCUCUGGGCCUACCUUACCAUUGAGCAGCUGCUGGACAAACGCAAGAACGCCCGUGGAGACGAGAAGGAGAACCUCACAGCCCAGGCUCUGGACCUGUCUCUCAAGUACCACUUUGUGACUCCUCUGACCUCCAUGGUGGUGACCAAGCCUGAGGAUUUUGAGAACCAGAUGGACAUUGCCGACAAGCCUGGGGAAGGGUCUAUGGAUACAGUGAUCCCCUCCAUGGCUUACCUGACGGGCAGCUACCACCCUCCUGCUGCACCCUCCUACUAUGUGGAUGGGGACCCCCACUUCAUCAUCCAAGUCCCAGAGAAAGACGAUGCCAUCUGCUUCAACAUUGACGAAGAGCCAGGCACCGUGCUGCGCCUCAUUCAGGACCCCGUCACAGGCUUCACAGUUAAUGGGCAGAUCAUUGGUGACAAGAAAGGCAACUCUAACCCUGAGACCAGAAAGACUUACUUUGGCAAACUGGGCAUUGCCAACGCUCAGAUGGACUUCCGGAUGGAAGUGACUCCAGAGAGCAUCACCCUGUGGAAUGGGGCUGCACAGAGCACUUUCAGCUGGAUGGACACAGUCACGGUCACACAGGAUGGGCUAUCGGUGAUGAUCAACAGGAAGAAGAACAUGGUGGUCUCCUUUGGCGAUGGGGUUACCUUUGUGGUGGUUCUGCACCAGGUGUGGAAGAAGCAUCCUGUCCACCUUGACUUCCUGGGCUUCUAUGUGGUGGACAGUCACCGGAUGUCAGCACAGACACAUGGGCUGCUGGGACAAUUCUUCCACCCCUUUGAUUUUAAAGUGUCUGACAUCCGCCCAGGCUCUGACCCCACAAAGCCACAUGCCACAAUGGUGGUGAAGAACCAUCGGCUGACAGUCACCAGGGGCUCCCAGAAAGACUACAGGAAGGAUAUCAAUAAUGGCAUGAAGGUGACCUGCUGGUUUGUCCACAACAAUGGCCAAGGACUGAUUGAUGGGGUCCACAGGGACUACAUUGUCUCCAGCCUGUUCUGAGAUGGCCCUCCUUGCCUGGCAUCUGGAACAGGGGCCCGCAGACAGGCCCAAGGGAGGGCGGUGACAAUAAAG